AUUUUCUCUUGGAACUUCCAGGAUGGCCCCUUCCGGAGUCGGUGACUGCGCAAACGAAAAACGAAUUGUGUCUUAUUCGCCAAUAUCCGAAAACACUGGAAGCGGCUCUUCCAAUAGGCACGGAUAGGUAAACCCAUGAUGAUUGUCCCUAUUGCGUCCAAUAAGGCGCGGUUGGGGCGUCUGUCUCAAGCAAAACCCCCACAUCUCUCAGCACCUGAGAUCAGCCACUGUUCGUUCGUUCGUAUUCUUGGGGAGGCACCCCGAUCCCGUCCCGACCCUGGACAAGUGUGGGCGUCUUCAGAUUGCAUCCCUGAUCCGCCGCACAGUCCCCCGGUGCCCCCAUUCACUGCUGUGCAGAUGGCAUACCCCUCCCCUGUUUACGCCAACCCCCGUCGAUACUCACUAAAACCCCUAAGCCGAACAACAUCUGUGGCCUUCGCCCACCAUCGCUUGGCUGCAUGCGAGAGCGAUGUACCCUGUUCAAUCUGCUGCAUGAGUAUUGGUCUCGAUCUCCGAACUUGGUCCCUGUAUCCAAGGCUCUUCUUGCUCCACAACAGUCGUCAUCCUUGCCCAGUUACGGGACACAUUGAGGACUGAGCGAAUUGGCCGUCCAUAUGUAAACCCCCAAAGCUCCCACCACCAAAGGCGGAACAAGUAU